AUGCGGCAGGUCCUGCCGCGCCUUUCGUAUGCUGCGUUCGUCGGCGACUUGGAGGGCGUCCUGGAUGCCCUGGGGAUGGGGGAUGACAUUCAUCAGAACGUGCGGCUGGUCAAUCAGAACGGGCAAGAUGUGCUCGGGGCCACGCCCCUAUACCUGGCGGCCCAGAUGGGUCACUACGACGUGUGCAAGGCGCUGCUGCGCGCGGGCGCCGACGUCAUGCGCCCCUGCACAGUGCCCGCCACCGGCCAGCAGUUCAUCGCUCAGGACAUCGCUAUCAUGCACUUCAACAUGCGCACUUGGUGGCUCCUGAAGGAGGCCAAGCAGCGCCUGGCCGGCAAGACCCCCGGCCUGUUCAAGAAGUGGGCCAGCAAGCACAAAAAGGGCGGCAAGGGCGCGGACGUGAUGGGUGAGAAGCUCGUGCCAGCCGGCUCGACGCCCAGUACAUACCUGGUGCUUACCUCGGGCGCCCAGAUGGCGAUCUGA